UCGAAAGAUGCAAUUGCCUGAGGACUAUCGAAAGUCGGCGAGGAAAUAGAAAAAAAAGCUGAUAUUGUGUUGAUUUUAAAAGGCGUUAAAAAUCUGAAUAAAGGGCUUUCCCAUUGGCUGACGAAUUAGCCAUGCCCACCGAACCUGACCAGAUGACCAGCGAGUACAGCAAGAGCGGCAAUCCAGGUGCCCAAAGUCCGGGGACCAAGGAAUCAUCUGCCGACGACUGCCUCCAAAUUAACAGUGCUGAGGAGGAGGGAGCAUCCAAUCCUCCCGAUUCCUCCUGUUUCUGCGAAAAGCAGAAAGACUCCACGGACAUGGACAUAGACAACGACCUGACCACCAACGAGCGAAUGCCCACGGUAGAUGAGCUAGACCAGCCGAAAGAGCCCAAAACGAAGCCCCCAGAACUGAAGGAAGAGCAAGGCCAGGACCAGAAAUUACUAGAACAGCUCCCCGUCCAGACGCCCAGUCCUACGACUACGAUUAAAAUCGAAGAAGAGGACAAGCCAGUAAAGCCGCCAUCGCAAUCUCAGUUUCAAGAGGUAAUCCCACCCAACUCGCCGGAGGCACUGCCAAAUCCCAGUCAGCGGCCAAUUGGCAAGAUUACCCGCAGCAGUCUGAAUGGCACAGGUAACCAAGUGACCACUAAAACACCAACCAUCAUGAAGCGUCUGCGGAAGAGCACGCGCUUUAAGUCUAAGCAAACGGGUAAGGGUAAUCCUGGAGGCGGCAAUAACCAACCAAAUGGCCACAACAAUGGACCAAAUGGAACCACCGGUAGCUCAACACAUCUUGCAGGCGCAGGUGCCCAUCCUAGUAAUAGCAACAAGCAUGGAAAGUCCGGUCCAGCUGGUCCAGGCGGAGCCACUGGAGCUCGAAAUCGUCGUACUCUAUUUAAAAGGCCAGCUCAAAAGACGCCAAAAGUCCAGGCUUGCACCAAGUUUGUGGAGAGUGUUUUCUACAAAGGCAGCUAUAUGCAAAUUGGUGAUAUCGUAAGCAUCGUUGAUGGGGAUCACAAUCUAUACUACGCCCAAAUACGUGGUCUGCUUGUGGACGCCUAUUGCGAGAAGUCCGCGUUCCUCACCUGGCUGAUUCCUACGCAGGACAGCCCGGAUCCCCAGGAGGGAUUCGAUCCGUCUACCUACCUAAUUGGACCAGAUGAAGAGCUAUCCCGGAAGCUCUGCUAUCUGGAAUUCGUGAUGCAUGCGCCCAGCAAUUACUAUUUCGAUCGGAGCACCCCGUUCCCCCUGCCGGAUGUUGACGAGUACACAGCUCAGAGAUCUGGUGGCUAUAUCUGGACGCGACUGCCCGUAGUGAAGCGCGAAAAGGGGAGUGGGCACAAAACGGGCGGCGUCUCCUAGCACGAAAGGUGGCCCAAGGGCAAGAAAAAGAAGGCCAGAGUCCUGAAUUUAAAUAAUAUAAUUUAUUGAGUGAAAAAUACAAAAGUGUGUCUGAAAAAAAAUGUUUUAAGAUUUUACUGUAUAGAGCCACACACUCCCAGAUUUUAUUUAAUGCUUUCCCAUACUAAAAAUUCAGCACGAUUUGAUAAAUAUUCUUUAAGGAAUCUUAAUACUAUUUUAUCUGGUAAGAAAUUGUAUUCCUAUUAAAUAGGCCAUGUUGUCUUCGGCUAACAAAAACUCUUUCUAAAUGAAAUAUUAAAUAGAAUACCUAGAAUAAGAGCCAAAUUGCAUUUUUAGAUACAUAUCAAUAAAUCGUAUUCUCUUAACAGCUUGAAGAAAAUAA